GGCAGUUGGUGCAGCGGCGGUUGGGGUGAGAGCGCACACGCCACCCCUCCCCUCCUCCGGCCCCUACCCCCACCCCGCCGGGCCCAGCCCCAGCCCCGGCCCGGGCUCCAGCCCUAGUCCCCGUCCCAGCCCAAGCCGGGCCAGUCCCGUGCGGGCCGGUGCCGCCCCUCAGCCGGCGACGCCCCGGGCCGCCCGCCCGCCCGCCCGCUUGCCACCAUGGAGCUGGAGGACGGUGUGGUGUAUCAGGAGGAACCCGGCGGCUCCGGGGCCGUGAUGUCGGAGCGGGUGUCCGGCCUGGCCGGCUCCAUCUACCGCGAGUUCGAGCGGCUCAUCGGGCGUUACGACGAGGAGGUGGUCAAGGAGCUGAUGCCGCUGGUGGUGGCUGUACUGGAGAACCUGGACUCGGUGUUCGCGCAGGACCAGGAGCACCAGGUGGAGCUGGAGCUGCUGCGGGACGACAACGAGCAGCUCAUCACCCAGUACGAGCGGGAGAAGGCGCUGCGCAAGCACGCCGAGGAGAAAUUCAUUGAAUUUGAAGACUCUCAAGAACAGGAAAAAAAGGACUUACAGACCCGAGUGGAAUCUUUAGAAUCUCAAACAAGACAACUUGAGCUCAAAGCAAAAAACUAUGCUGACCAGAUUAGCAGACUUGAAGAAAGAGAAGCAGAACUGAAGAAGGAAUAUAAUGCAUUACAUCAAAGACACACUGAGAUGAUCCAUAAUUAUAUGGAACACUUAGAAAGAACAAAACUUCAUCAGCUCUCAGGGAGUGAUCAACUAGAAUCCACAGCUCAUAGUAGAAUUAGAAAAGAACGUCCUAUAUCAUUAGGAAUUUUCCCAUUACCUGCUGGAGAUGGAUUGCUUACACCUGAUGCUCAGAAAGGAGGAGAGACCCCUGGAUCUGAGCAAUGGAAAUUUCAGGAAUUAAGUCAACCACGUUCUCAUACCAGCCUGAAGGUCAGCAAUAGUCCUGAACCUCAGAAGGCUGUAGAACAGGAGGAUGAGCUUUCUGAUGUUAGCCAAGGCGGAUCUAAAGCUACCACUCCAGCAUCAACAGCUAAUUCAGAUGUGGCAACAAUUCCUACUGAUACUCCCUUAAAGGAAGAAAAUGAAGGAUUUGUGAAGGUUACAGAUGCGCCAAAUAAAUCAGAGAUAAGCAAACACAUUGAAGUACAGGUAGCCCAAGAAACUAGAAAUGUAUCUACUGGCUCUGCUGAAAAUGAAGAGAAGUCAGAAGUUCAAGCAAUCAUUGAAUCUACUCCUGAGCUGGAUAUGGACAAAGAUCUCAGUGGAUAUAAAGGUUCAAGCACUCCCACCAAAGGCAUAGAGAACAAAGCUUUUGAUCGCAAUACAGAAUCUCUCUUUGAAGAACUGUCUUCAGCUGGCUCAGGCCUAAUAGGAGAUGUGGAUGAAGGAGCAGAUUUACUAGGAAUGGGUCGGGAAGUUGAGAAUCUUAUAUUAGAAAAUACACAACUGUUGGAAACCAAAAAUGCUUUGAACAUAGUGAAGAAUGAUUUGAUAGCAAAAGUGGAUGAACUGACCUGUGAGAAAGAUGUGCUGCAAGGGGAAUUGGAGGCUGUGAAGCAAGCCAAACUGAAGCUAGAGGAAAAGAACAAAGAAUUGGAGGAAGAGCUUAGGAAAGCUCGAGCAGAAGCUGAAGAUGCAAGGCAAAAAGCAAAAGAUGAUGAUGAUAGUGAUAUUCCCACAGCCCAGAGGAAACGGUUUACUAGAGUAGAAAUGGCCCGUGUUCUUAUGGAGAGAAACCAGUAUAAAGAGAGAUUGAUGGAGCUUCAAGAAGCUGUUCGAUGGACAGAGAUGAUUCGGGCAUCACGAGAAAAUCCAGCCAUGCAGGAAAAAAAAAGGUCAAGCAUUUGGCAGUUUUUCAGCCGACUUUUCAGCUCCUCAAGUAACACAACUAAGAAGCCUGAACCACCUGUUAAUCUGAAGUACAAUGCACCCACAUCUCAUGUUACUCCCUCUGUCAAGAAAAGAAGCAGCACCUUAUCUCAGCUCCCUGGGGAUAAGUCCAAAGCCUUUGAUUUCCUUAGUGAAGAAACUGAAGCUAGUUUAGCCUCACGCAGAGAACAAAAGAGAGAGCAGUAUCGUCAGGUAAAAGCACAUGUUCAGAAGGAAGAUGGUAGAGUGCAGGCUUUUGGCUGGAGUCUGCCUCAGAAGUACAAACAGGUAACCAAUGGUCAAGGUGAAAAUAAGAUGAAAAAUUUACCUGUGCCUGUCUAUCUCAGACCUCUAGAUGAAAAAGAUACAUCAAUGAAACUGUGGUGUGCUGUUGGAGUCAAUUUAUCUGGUGGGAAGACCAGAGAUGGUGGUUCUGUUGUUGGAGCAAGUGUAUUUUACAAGGAUGUUGCUGGUUUGGAUACAGAAGGCAGUAAACAGCGAAGUGCCUCUCAGAGUAGUUUAGAUAAGUUAGAUCAGGAACUUAAGGAACAGCAGAAGGAGUUAAAAAAUCAAGAAGAAUUAUCCAGUCUAGUCUGGAUCUGUACCAGCACUCAUUCGGCUACAAAAGUUCUUAUUAUUGAUGCUGUUCAACCUGGCAACAUUCUAGACAGUUUCACUGUUUGCAACUCUCAUGUUCUGUGCAUUGCAAGUGUACCAGGUGCACGAGAAACAGACUACCCUGCAGGAGAAGAUCUUUCAGAAUCUGGUCAGGUAGACAAAGCAUCUUUAUGUGGAAGCAUGACAAGCAACAGCUCAGCAGAGACAGACAGCCUGUUAGGAGGCAUCACGGUGGUUGGUUGUUCUGCAGAAGGUGUGACAGGAGCUGCAACUUCACCUAGUACCAAUGGUGCUUCUCCAGUGAUGGAUAAACCACCAGAAAUGGAAGCAGAAAAUAGUGAGGUUGAUGAAAAUGUUCCAACAGCAGAAGAAGCAACUGAAGCUACAGAAGGGAAUGCGGGAUCAGCUGAAGACACAGUGGACAUCUCCCAAACUGGCGUCUACACAGAGCAUGUCUUUACAGAUCCUUUGGGAGUUCAAAUCCCAGAAGACCUCUCCCCAGUGUAUCAGUCGAGCAAUGACUCAGAUGCAUAUAAAGAUCAAAUAUCAGUACUGCCAAAUGAACAAGACCUGGUGAGAGAAGAAGCCCAGAAAAUGAGUAGUCUUUUACCAACUAUGUGGCUUGGAGCUCAAAAUGGCUGUUUGUAUGUCCAUUCAUCUGUAGCCCAGUGGAGGAAAUGUCUCCAUUCCAUUAAACUUAAAGAUUCGAUUCUCAGUAUUGUACACGUGAAGGGAAUCGUGUUAGUAGCCCUGGCUGAUGGCACCCUUGCAAUCUUUCACAGAGGAGUGGAUGGGCAGUGGGAUUUGUCAAACUAUCACCUCUUAGACCUUGGACGGCCUCAUCAUUCCAUCCGUUGCAUGACUGUGGUACAUGACAAAGUCUGGUGUGGCUAUAGGAACAAAAUCUAUGUGGUGCAGCCAAAGGCCAUGAAAAUAGAGAAAUCUUUUGAUGCACAUCCCAGGAAGGAGAGCCAAGUACGACAGCUUGCGUGGGUGGGGGAUGGCGUGUGGGUCUCCAUUCGCUUGGAUUCUACGCUUCGUCUCUAUCAUGCACACACUUAUCAACAUCUACAGGAUGUGGACAUUGAGCCUUAUGUAAGCAAAAUGUUAGGUACUGGAAAACUGGGCUUCUCUUUUGUGAGAAUCACAGCUCUUAUGGUGUCUUGUAAUCGUUUGUGGGUGGGGACAGGAAAUGGUGUCAUUAUCUCCAUCCCAUUGACAGAAACAAAUAAAACCUCAGGUGUACCGGGAAAUCGUCCUGGAAGUGUAAUCCGCGUAUAUGGUGAUGAAAACAGUGAUAAAGUGACUCCAGGGACAUUUAUACCCUAUUGUUCAAUGGCACAUGCUCAGCUUUGCUUCCAUGGGCACCGGGAUGCUGUGAAAUUCUUUGUGGCAGUCCCAGGUCAAGUCAUCAGCCCACAAAGUAGCAGUAGUGGCACGGAUCUGACAGGUGACAAAGCAGGGCCAUCUGCACAGGAGCCUGGUAGUCAGACGCCUUUGAAGUCUAUGCUUGUCAUCAGUGGAGGAGAGGGCUACAUCGACUUCCGAAUGGGUGAUGAAGGUGGAGAAUCAGAACUUCUUGGAGAGGAUCUUCCACUUGAACCUUCUGUCACCAAAGCAGAAAGGAGUCACUUGAUAGUGUGGCAAGUGAUGUAUGGCAGUGAGUGAGCCCACAGGAAACAGGUGGAGAUGGGGAAGCCGUCUCUUCUGCAUGGUUUAUUUUCCCUCUAUCUUUUUCUUUAAUGCUCUUUUGUGAGAUAAGUUUCACCACAUAAUGUGUGAGCAUUUUCUCCUGUUAACUUUAUAUUACAAAAUCCGUUCUACCAUAACAAUACAGAGGAGCCAGCUGUUUACUGCACCAGUGUUAUAGGGAACUUCAGUGUAUUAUGAACAAAUCAAAGAAUGUUUACUUCCUGCAAACUGGUGAGUUAUAGAAAGCAAUCUAGAUGUGGUUUACUCUGCCACAGUCUAAUAUCAUUCACUUCAUUUGGUAGGGUCACUUGUUAGCUGUCACUAAUAAUGGAAUUAAUGGGAAACACUUGAUAAAUGAAACUGUGCCAUUAAAUACAAUAGCCGAGUUUUCCCCAGUAUAUUGUAAAAUUGACACACACUAAUAGAAGAUGGAUUAUCAGGAUUUAUCUAAAUGUUCCGAGAGGGUUAAAAACUAACUGUAAAUUACUUUAACUUUCACUUUCAAAUCUGACAAAUCUUGUUUAUAUGGUAUAUAAAACUUUGUUUUCAUCAGAUUUGGGGGGGUUUUAUAUUAAAGAAAUUAAGACUACACUAUUUAAAUAAACGUUUCCUGUUUCUGACUUAUUAGAGCUCUAAAGUUUAUGAGGCCUACUUCUCUGAAUAUUCUGAUGGGUUUUUUUUGAGACCAGUCUCAUUUUCAUACUGACAUGUCUGAAAGGUGUAUUAUUUAUAAAGCUUAAAACAUACUCUGGGAAGCUUAGAAGAUACUUCAUCGUGGGAGGAUUUUUUAAAGGAAAUGUGUUUUGUAUUUCUUGUACCAGAGAAUGGUGAUGUUGAUUGAGUUUUUCCAUGUGAAAAAUGUACCUGUUUGCCAAAUGUUCCUAGACUGCUCUUAGCCUGUUAAUACAAGGAAAACUUGAGUGGGAUGGAGUCUGGCCUAAGUACAGAAUGAGAGACUUAAUUAGAAAAGUUAUUUUCUUUUGUUCUGUAUCAAACUGCAGAACAGCUAUAUACUUGGUAUUUUGUACAUGAAUAACAUUUUAGCUUUUGUGCCCUUUUGAGCUUAAAGGGUUAUCUUCAAAACUAUUAAGGGGAAGAAGACAAAGCUAAGAUACCACAUAAAGUAAAAGUUGACAUUACUUAUUUUCAUUCACAAUGCCCAUUUAAAAAAAUAGGUUGGGCAUGGUGGCUCACGCCUGUAAUCCCAACACUUUAGGAGGCUGAGGCGAGUGGAUUGCUUGAGCCCAGGAGUUCAAGACCAGCCUGGGCAACAUGGCAAAACCCUGUCUCUACCAAAAAAACAAAACAAAACAAAACAAAAUAAAUUAGCUGGGUGUAGUGGUACAUGCCUGUAGUCCCAGCUACUUGGGAGGCUAAGGUGGGAGGAUCACCUGGGUCCAGGAGGUGGAGGUUGCAAUGAGCCUUGAUAGCACCACUGCACUCCAGCCUGGGUGAUGGAGCAAGACCCUGUCUCAAAACAGACAAACAAGCAAAAAAUAGAUUAAAGUCUGGAUUUCACUGAUUUUCUUGCUUAAGUUUUUUAAAACCACAAUGCUGCAAUUUUUUCUCUCUCAAGCUUCUUGAAAAUGUGUGAUUUACCCUUUUUUAUGUAUUACUCUAAGCAAAGCUAAAUAUAAUUUUUUUUUUUUUUUUUUGAGACGGAGUCUGGCUCUGUUGCCCAGGCUGGAGUGCAGUGGUGUGAUCUUAGCUCACUGCAACCUCCACCUCCCAGGUUCAAGUAGUUCUCCUGCCUCAGUCUCCCAAGUAUCUGGGAUUACAGGUGUGUGCCACCAUGUCCAGCGAAUUUUUGUAUUUUUAGUAGAGACAGAGUUUCACCACAUUGGCCAGGCUGGUCUCAAACUCCUGACUUCAGAUGAUCCACUCGCCUUGGCCUCCCAAAGUGCUUGGAUUACAGGUGUGAGCCCCCACGCCCAGCCGAAGCAAAGCUAAAUGUAAUUUUAUGUACUGUUUUAACAGUAUAAACCUAUGGGAUAAAGGCCCCCUAAUCAUCAGAAGGACUACUGAAAAGAAAAAGCAAACGUAGAUCUCAAAUUGUCUAAUUAUUCUUAAGUACCACUGAUUUUUUUUUCCUGAACUAUUAUACAAAGAUGUCUGUAAAAAGUAUAUACCAGUGGCUUUUAUGCAUAUACAUGAUUAGAUGGUGAAAUAUAUGGGAUUUCAUGAGCCAGAGGAGGCAUUUGGAUCCAUUGGGCCACAUGUGACUAUAAGCACAUUGUGUAUACAAUAAAAUUGUAGCCACUCAUGUAUUAAAACUGUUUGGUAAAAGCUGUAUUAAAAGAAUAAUUUUUUGCUUGAGCUACUUAGUCACUUUUUUUCAGGGCACCAAAACGUAGGCUACUUUUCCAUAGCUUGUUUGCUAUGUUUUUAUUUCAUCUUAAAUCUGAGCCAUUUUUGGCAAUAUCUUUUUAAAAAUCAUUAUUAAACAUUUAUUGGAAAUGUUGUAUAGAUUCACAAGAAAGAGACACCAAAGUGUUUGGGGAUUUUAAUCCCAAGAAGUAAACAUCCCAGAGUCAGAUCCCAUUUGCUGUUGUUCAGCCAUGUUUGUAUGACUGAAUGUAAUUUAGGAAAUCAGGAGUUAAAGAUGAAAAAUACAAACAUGUAAAAUGGUUGUAAUUGCUUUUUUUGAACUUACUGGCUUUAACUUAAGUAAUAUAGCUGUGUAGUUAUUUUAUCUAAAGAUGUCAGAUUAUCUGUGGCCCUGUUAAUUAACUGCAGGGACCAGAGAGAGAGGACAAUAAUGCCUGUAUAAUUUGCUUUAAAGGCUUGUCCUUAUGUUUGUAAUUUUGGUUAAAUAUUUUCUACAGAUUGCUUCACUUCCCCUUUCCCCCAAUAACAAGUUCAUAUUCUUGUAAUGUUUACUUUGGUCAACGUGGUAACUUUUGGAAGAAAAUGCCAAAAUGUAAGCUCUCACAAGCAGCAAAGGAAUGUAACUAACUGCCUGUAGCUACCACAUCAAGGGAAAGAAGAGGCUUCCGUACUUUGGGUUGGUCUCACCGUACAAAAAAAGAGUGUACCCCUAUUGGAAGAAAUAAGGGAUGCUUGAAGGUUUCUCAUUUUGUUACACUUGGUUCAUGUGCAAGGUUGAACCAUAUGAAACUGCCAGUGUUCAACCAUUGCUGAUCUGCAAAAGCGACAAUAUCAUAUGCCUCAACCUAAUACUUACUCUUAAAUGCGGGUUAAAAUCUCUGUGAGGCAAAGGGAUAAUGUUCUCUAGGAACUCACUUUUGAGAGUAUUUUUCUCUAACUCAUGUGGAUCUAAAUUUUAAAAAUAGGAAUGAAUCUCUUAAUUGCAGCUUGUGGAGAGUGUAAAACAUUUUGAGCAUAACAUGCAGCACAUAACUUUUCAGAUUGUGUUUGCAUAGAAAAGGCUAAAAUCAAUUCUUUCAGUUACUGUAUUGUUCAUUUAUUGUAAAGGUCUUCCUACAUUUGAGACUAGACCCUUUAACAUAGGCUGCCUUAGUAACAAAAUAAAACAGAUGUCUCAUAAGAUUAACUGUCCUAAAGAACAUGUGUCUUGCAAAUGCCAUGGAACUGAAUAUUUAUUUCCUUGUGAGUAUUACGACCGUUACCAAAGGACUCAACCAGAUUUGGGGCUCUUCUUAAUUGAUCAUGUUCAGAAAGGGACUCAUUUGGUCCCACUUUGUAACAUGGGAAGAGUAGAAGAGAAAAUUAAAUGUGGAAAUCAUAAAUGCUUUUCUAACAGGGUUAUGCUAUUCUGUAACACUAAAUGUCUGUCUUUUCUCUUAAAAGAUUAGGUUUUAUUAAUUUGUCAUACAUUUCCCAAUAUUUGAAUAUAUCUUAACCAUUUUAUGUUCCAAAUUCAUUUUUUGUCCAAGACAUUCUAUCAGAAUUUUACUUGCCUCUAUAAUCUGAAAAAUGGGUUCUAGAAUGUCCCACUUGCUGUCUCUUAGAGGCUGAGCUUCAUUUCUAUGAGCAAAAAGCUCAUUUAGCAAUGUAGUUAUUUCAGUAUUUAUUUCUAUUAUGGAAUCCCUGGGGUUCGGAAUGUAACUUUGUACAUGAAAUAUAUAUAAAUAUGUAUAUGAACAUG